UCCUAUUUUGCUGUUUCAGGCUUCAGAAUGAAAAGUGGAUGAAUGUCCGAGUAGGUGACAUCAUCAAAUUGGAGAACAAUCAAUUUGUGGCAGCUGACUUGCUGCUCUUGUCCAGCAGUGAACCUCAUGGUCUCUGUUACAUCGAGACAGCCGAACUGGACGGAGAGACCAACAUGAAGGUGCGGCAGUCUGUCUCUGUGACAUCCGAACUGGGGGACCCCAACAACUUGGCUCAGUUUAAUGGUGAGGUGGUCUGUGAGCCCCCCAACAAUAAGCUGGAUCGUUUUAGGGGGAUGUUGUACUGGCGGGAGAAAAAGUACACUUUGACCAACCAGAACAUGCUUCUCCGAGGGUGCGUCCUCCGCAACACAGAGGCCUGCUACGGCUUGGUCAUCUUUGCAGGCCCAGACACCAAGCUGAUGCAGAACAGCGGUCGCACUAAAUUCAAGCGUACCAGUAUCGACCGUCUGAUGAACACUUUGGUCCUCUGGAUCUUUGCUUUCCUGGUCUGCAUGGGUAUCGUUUUGGCUGUGGGCAAUGCCGUGUGGGAGCGAGAGGUGGGCACGCUGUUUCAACAUUACCUACCUUGGGAUCCUUCCGUGAAUGGUUUCCUCUUCUCCGCUGUCCGCACUUUCUGGUCCUAUGUGAUCAUUCUCAAUACAGUGGUGCCCAUCUCGCUGUAUGUCAGUGUGGAGGUGAUCAGACUGGGCCACAGCUACUUCAUCAACUGGGACCAGCUCAUGUUCUGCUCCAAGUGCAACACAGCAGCCGAGGCCCGGACCACCACACUGAGUGAGGAGCUGGGCCAGGUUGAGUACAUCUUCAGUGACAAGACUGGGACACUCACACAGAACAUCAUGAGCUUCAAAAAGUGCUCCAUCAAUGGACACAGUUAUGGGGAGGUAGCAGAUCCAUUGGGGCCGCAGCCAAAGAGGUUGGACUUCACUCCUUUCAAUCUUCUAGCAGACCCAGACUUCUGUUUCUACGAUGAUACGUUGCUGGAGUCGGUCAAAGUGGGAGAUUCUCACACUCAAGAGUUUUUUCGUCUGCUCUCCCUCUGCCACACCAUCAUGAGUGAGGAGAAGAGCGAGGGAGAGCUGGUCUACAAAGCCCAGUCUCCAGACGAAAGUGCUCUUGUGACAGCUGCAAGAAACUUUGGAUUUGUGUUUCGCUCUCGAACGCUGGGGACCAUCACCACCACUGAGAUGGGGCGAACCGUCACCUAUACCCUCCUUGCCAUCCUGGACUUUAACAACGCACGCAAGAGGAUGUCUGUCAUAGUCCGUAACCCCGAGGGCAGGAUCCGUCUGUACUGCAAAGGUGCUGACACUGUGUUGUUGCAAAGGCUCCGCCCCUGUAAGCAGGACCUGAUCAAUAUCACCUCAGACCACCUCAAUGAGUAUGCCGCUGAUGGGCUGCGGACACUGGCUCUGGCCUACCGGGACCUGACAGAGGAGCAAUGGGAGAUGUGGUCAGAAAGCCACCAAUGUGCUGACAAAGAAGAAGACUUGUUGUCAGCUGCCUAUGAGCAAAUAGAACAAGACAUGACGCUGCUGGGAGGUACCGCUAUAGAGGACAAGCUGCAGGAAGGUGUCCCAGAGACCAUCGCUCUCCUCUCCCUGGCCAACAUCAAGACGUGGAUCGUUACAGGAGACAAGCAAGAGACGGCUGUCAAUAUUGGCUACUCGUGCAAGAUGCUGACAGAUGAUAUGACUCAGGUUUUUAUCAUUAGUGGACACAGCGUCCAGAGAGUGAAGCAGGAACUCAGGAGAGCGAGGGAACAGAUGAUUGCACUGUCGCAAACAAAAGACGGUGAGAGAGAGGAGGUGGUCGAGGGAUGUGGAGAGGUCUGCUUCAUGAAAUUCAAAGGCGCAGGAAAGCAGUCGCAAUGUCCUCCUUCCAACCGCAUGGACAACAUCUCUGGAGAUUUCGCCCUCAUCAUCAAUGGUCACAGCCUGGCCCACGCACUGGAAGCUGACAUGGAGGAGGAGUUCAUCACGACGGCGUGCGCGUGCAAAGCGGUGAUUUGCUGCCGCGUUACGCCGCUGCAAAAGGCUCAGGUGGUGGAGCUGGUAAAGAAAUACAAGAGGGCCGUCACCUUGGCCAUUGGGGACGGAGCCAAUGAUGUGAGCAUGAUCAAGAGUGCUCAUAUUGGUGUCGGUAUCUCAGGCCAAGAAGGCAUCCAGGCCGUGCUGGCCAGUGACUACUCCUUCUCCCAGUUCCGUUUCUUGCAGCGUCUUCUGCUGGUACACGGCCGAUGGUCCUACCUACGCAUGUGCCGCUUCCUGUGCUAUUUCUUCUACAAGAACUUUGCCUUCACCAUGGUGCACUUCUGGUUCGGCUUCUUCUGCGGCUUCUCCGCUCAGACGGUAUAUGAUCAGUUCUUCAUCACACUCUACAACAUUGUCUACACUUCUCUGCCUGUACUCGCAAUGGGCAUAUUUGACCAGGACGUUCCUGAUCAAAGGAGUCUGGAGUAUCCAAAACUCUACGAGCCUGGCCAAUUCAAUCUGCUCUUCAAUAAGAAAGAGUUCUUCAUCUGCAUCGCCCAGGGCAUCUACACAUCAGUGGUGCUGUUUUUCGUCCCCUACGCCAUCCUAGCCAACGCCUCGCAGAGCAAUGGAGAGCCUCUCACUGACUACCAGACCUUUGCUGUCACCACGGCAACAGCGCUGGUCAUUGUGGUGAGUGUACAGAUCUCACUGGACACUGGCUUCUGGACCAUUUUUAACCACGUGUUUGUGUGGGGCUCGUUAGGCUGCUACUUUACCAUCAUGUUUGCUGUGCACAGUCAGACACUCUUCAGUAGCUUCCCCAAUCACUUCCAUUUUGUAGGCAGUGCUCAGAGCACACUAUUGCAGCCAGUCGUGUGGUUGACGAUUGCACUGGCAACGGUAAUCUGUAUAGUUCCAGUUUUGGCAUUCCGCUUCCUCAAGUUGGACCUCAAACCUCAGCUCUCAGACACGAUCCGCCACACUCAGCUGAUGUGUGAAAAGAAGCGCAGGCCAGCGGGCGGUCGCCUGGCAUCCACCUGGCGCAGCGCGGGCAGCGUCUCAGAGGGCCGGCUGGGCGCAAGGGGCGGUUCCCGGCGGUCCGGCUACGCCUUUGCUCACCAGGAGGGAUUUGGCGAGUUGAUCACCUCUGGGAAGAACAUGCGUCUCUCGUCUCUGGCUCUGGCCAGUUUCGCCUCCAGACAUAGCUCCAGCUGGAUCGACACCCUGCGGAGAAAGAAGCACGCUCACACGCCCCCCAGUGCGUCGGGGGAGUGCACUCCUGCGCUCUCUCACUCCUCUUCUGUUCUGGGGUGCUCGCAGGAGGCACCCACUGAGGUGGAAACAGUCCAAGACUCUCGGAUGAUUCCCACGACUUCCACUUCAGUGGAAGCUUCGGAGGAUCUUCGGGAAGGAGCCGUCAGCACAGGCUCACCCUCUGUUGCCGAGAAAACCGCUCAAAAAGAAUGAGAAGAAAAAAUAAUGACAAAAGAGGACUCAAACAAACAGAAAGUAGAAAUGCAUGAAAUCUUCUAAUUGUUGAUGAUACUGUAAAGCGGUGGCGGGCCGUGCGUUUGGUCCACCUCUUACUGCUAACGCUGUCAUGUUGCAAUUAGACAAGACAUCAAUACUUGCCAAAAGCAAAAUGUAACAGCCACCUACAUCAUCUUGAGCAGUUGAGAAUUUCUAUUUACCUAGUAAUUGGUCAAAGGCACAAAAUAGUUCAAUAGGACCACGCCAUACUCACCAGAGAUGGUUCUUGUUAAAUAUAUUAUAAGGUACAAAUCACUAGCGUGAGGUUAUACUCGAUGAACAACCAGUCGGAGGAUGUAAAAAUGCUGACUGUAUUGUGGGCCAGCUUGCUGGCCCUGUGAGGACAAAGUUGAAAUCUGAUUGGUUCUUAUAGUUUCAAUUGCAUUGGCCAGCUCUCCUGAUUGUGAAGGCCCCGGGGCAGAUAACAGUGACAUGCAACAAAUGAAGAAAUCUGAUUUGACAAAAAAAAUAAUAAUAAAAAUAAUUAUAAAAAUUUUACACCCACAUACACGUCCUGUUAGCAGCGCAGCCAAGAGGAAUGAUGCAAAAUUACGAGGACAGACUGCGGGGGAGAAAUGAAUACAGUUUUAUGCAACUGAUUAUUUUCAUGUGUUUUUUCAUUUUUAAACCGUUAUCGGUGUUUGCCAGUAGGCGGCCCACCACUCCUAAAAGGCGGCAACAGCAUAUUUCAAGCGAGCAUAUAUGUAUUAAGCCAACAGAAAAAUGCAGCUCAUUAGUUCUCAAUGAGAACAACGCAAGUUAUCAUCGUGCCACACAUCUACUCAUGACUUUGGGUUUUCUUUUUUUUGUGUUUGUUUUGUUUGGUUGGCUGCAUCAUAUUGAUGUGUUUAAAGCAGCGUGAUCUAAAUUUGAUGACUGCCUGGCUUGUAAUGGAAAGCCAAGUAGAAACUCAAACAGACUAAUGGAUGUGGGA